AUACCAUUUAUCUAAACAAUCCUAUAUGCCUACGGCCAGCUAAUGCUUGGCUUACUCUAUAUACUCGAUAAGAAAGAUGCUUACUAAACAUGGCAGCCGAAAACCAUAUUGAACCAACAUAUAUAUAAACGUCUAGCAAGCUAAACCAGACUAAAUUAUACCUAUAUUCAUCAUAUAUCUGAAUGUCUUGCCUAAAGUAUGAUAACAUUAUCUAUAUGUGUCGUAUGGUUAAUUUUUUCGUUAACAAUGUAGAAGUGUUGCCGUUGGCCCAUAAUUUCAGCAAAAGAACAAAUACGCGAAAAUAUAUAGAGAUCGCUCUGGAGCUAACUAAGAACUAAAGCAAAAACUGAAACCUAACCAAAAAACACCACUCACCACUGCAUGGCGCCAAGAUAUAACUAACUUGCAUUUCAGACCUAAGAGCUCAUAUUUUAUUCCGCUUUUUUCAAACUUUGCAAUGCACCAAGAACACAGCAAACAAACAGACAGACAACAAAACAGUAUGUUAACAUUACCAUGCAAUAAUAUAGCAAUGAAUUGUCAGUUGACACUAGGAUAACAAUGAGUUAGGCUGAUUUUCAAUAUACAAGAGAAAUAAAAGAUAAUAACCACUUAGAAAACAGUCCAUUUCAAUAUAGCAAAGUGGGCUUUUAAGCCUUCUUCAAUAGAUAGAAGUACAGUACCGUCCAAUAGAAAAUAUAGUUUAGUGGAAUCCACCUAGUUGCCUCUUUUUUAUUUGUAGCCGAACCCGAUGUCUCACACAUUAUACACUGAGAGAAAUCAAUUUAAGUUAAAGCAGGUUCUCAUAUCGCUUCACUACCAUCGACGAUAAGUGAGCGAAAAGUGUGGCAAAUCGAUUGCAUGUCAAAUAAGAGAGUUGAUAACAGAGCAAGAAUGUCGAAGUUGAAAUUAUUCAUAACAUUUAAAGAUAUAUGUCGAAAUAUAUAUAUAUAUAUAUCUAAACACACAUCUAUACACAAGCAAAGACACUAAUGAAUAUGUUAUAUCUGUGCUAACAUUAGUCGUAUUAUUAUAAAGACAACAAAUUAUAUUGAAAUUAUAUUAUAUACGUUUUAUUGUAAAAACCGUAAAACAACUUGUUGGCUUCUUUUACUCGAACCUUGGAAAGUGAUCAAACCAAAACUAACAUUCUCUCUUUCUCACCCACUACUAAUCCAUAAACAACAGUUUGCUGUGCGUUGUCUCUCUUUCUCUCUCUCUCUAUUUGUUGGCUGUUUCCAUUAAUUAAUAAUUUUGAUUCAUUUCUGUUGGUAUAUUUAUGAUUUUACACCUAAGUUGGUCUACUCAUUUUGCUGAAUACCUAAGUUGAAUCAAGCUUCCUCUAUAUAUUUUUCGAAAAAGCUUCUUUUAUUUAUUAAUAAACUCGGUGGUAACUGUUUAGGCGUACGUAAAUCAAUGUGCUCUCUGCUCGACUAAACUUCCUUUGAUUUCCUCACAAACACUUCACACAGACACACCCGAUUUCCUUUGGUAGAACUCUCAAUACACUUGGCUUGCUGGAUUACCCAGAGAAAUAUUACUGUAUUGUUUGGCUAAAGCUGUUCUUGUGUAUGGAAUAAAUAAUAUAUAAUAUAUAUACAUAUGUCAAUAUCAAAUAUAUACCCACUAGAGUUAAGUGCUUUUUGUAAUGUUAUCAAAGAAAAUGCUUCGAAUCAUUUUAAGUUCUUGCCAACAUUUUGCUCUAUUUUAAUCUACGACUCUCUCCUUCAAGCAGCAACUUUUAUCUCUUACUUCUAGAUGUAUCUCUCACAACCUUAAGAUUCUCAGUCUUACUACAACUCUUUCACUAGCAUGAUCCUUAAAAUCAGUCAGUCCUCCGAUAUAACAACUAUCCCACUCAACUUGAAGCUUUUCUUUGAGUUCAUUACAAAAAGUUUGAGCGUCGCCAAAGAAACAGUAAUGUCGUCUCCUUCCAACACACACUAUAUCUAACCCUUUCUUUCGCCCGUCGAAAGCGCUCGUCUUUCUCUUUCUCGGAGAAAUUAUCGGGGGAAAGUACGCUAAACUGCGACCUGAUCAUGUAAUUAAUUUUGAGUUAACUUCGUUUAGUUGGCCUUUCUUGUGUUUACUUUGAUUUAAUGUCGCUCUACAUUAUUUUCGAAACUUUUCGAUUGGAGCGUAAUUUGUAAUUUUUCAGCAUGUGCUCAAUGAAACAGAACUUUUUUGUAGCAAGUAUUCCGAUAUGACUAUGAGUAUGAAUAUCACGCAGUGACGUUGCAAGUGGCUGUCUCUUUCUACCCUCUAUAUACGUAUCUCUCUCGCUCGCUCUCGAGACCGAUAUUACUACUCGUACAUUGCGUUUGUUCACAUACAUAUACUCGUAUAACUCGUGUAUGGCUUCUGAGGCAUGUGGUAUGAUGGUAAAGCUAUAUGAAAGCACUUCUAAGGUAAGCUGGUGCACCGCCCCAAAUAUCCGAGCUUUUGUUUACUCCCAUAACGGUAUACCUACGAUUAUAUCUGAAGACUGAUACCUGCUAUAUAGAUGCUAAGUAUGUCUAAUGUUCACCAUUUUAUGUUUUCGUAGACUCGUUUUUGUCGUUUAACCGCUUCGAUCGGCGGAGCUAAGGAAGAUCGGAGAUCGAGGAUCGGGGUUAUUGGUUCCUGUUCGAUCGGACAUCGGAUCUCCUUAGCCCGCCGAGUCGUCCAUACACAUAUACAAUACACUUGUGGCCAGAAUAUGUUAUUAACAUGACUUCUUUUUUUGUUUCUUUUCAAACGAAUUUUUUCUUUCUUUUUCGUAACAGCAGGAUAUGCAAAAAGAUCCGCAAUGUAAAAUGUUUGACUGUUUGCUGAACAUAGAGGAGACUAUACUCCAUAUGAUACUUAACCAACACGCACACACACCUACACAAUCACACCCAAAAACACACAUACACACCACUUUACAUACACUUACACUUAGUUAGCAAGUUUGUAGUGCGAGAUGCUUUCUAGGUGAAGUUGCUUUAAAGGCACCGCGAAGCGCUUGAGAACGAGAACAUCUAAAACCAAAUAGAAUACUGCUUCAACUUUUCCUGCGCUGGAACAACCAGAGUCUAUAGCCCAGUCACACACACCCAAAACACCCACACACACAGCCAAAAAAUAAAACAAACACCACAACUACAAGGCAAACUGGUAAACCGAAAGAAUUUAGUGAAAGUUUUCUUGCGUUUCCCUUUGAAAUUCGAUACCAACCCUAUGCAUACCCCUAUUUAUCCGUACUUGUAUCUACCAUAUUUGAUUGACUUUUGCAGGCUUGUUUGUAUGUAUGUAGUAAGUAUUUGCCUUGUUUCUGUGUGAUGUCCUGUGAGGAGCGAUUGUUAACUGAACCCUGCUUGAUAACCGAACCGAGCUUACCCUCUUUUUUUUCUCGUUUACAGCAUUUACGGCUGACGCAGUAACAAGUUUGAAAUGCGCUUCAAAAAUGCGAUUGCGAAUAGCUGCUGGCGAAUGAGUUUUUAUUUGUUAACUACUUAAUACGCCUUUUUUUAUUACUCAUCGUUUUUUUCUGCUUUUUUCAGUUGCCGCUUAGCCUGCGCUUCAUGCCGUUUUUUAUUUUAGUUUAAUCCCCUUUAUUUGCAGCGUCAACUAACCGCCCAAGCCCCAAAAAGUAUGCUACUCUUUUAUAAUUUGCUAAUUUGCCGGCUGCUGCUGCCAUCUAGCUUAAAAACCAAACCAAACUGAACCGAACCCGAACUAAUCUACGAUAGGUUUAAGUGCGUUUCGCCUUUUUGCAUAUGCGAACAACAAAGCCGGAGAUCCGAAAAAACUUUUCCGCCAGCAACAAGUUAAUUACACGGGUGGGAGGGUGCGGUCUGCUGGGCGAAAGCCGUAAUUACAACACGAAAACAUUGUUAUUUUAAUGGGGGCGACGGCGGAGGGCGUGGUGUCACACAUUUACAUUUAUUAACUCGUGUCCCGUGUGGCCCGCAAACUUUAUUUCCACCUCUUCCCCAAAAGUUUUCGUUUUUUCGAGGCCUCCCCUUUAUUUGCAUAAUUCGAAAUCAAGGACUGUUAAAGAGAAAGGAAGAUAGGGCGAAAUCCGACCAACGUACUCUACAAUUUGGGAACUAGACUAGACUAGUGAGAAUCUUGUUUUUCGCAUAUGCAGCUUAAGCUUAAUUUUAAGACUUUUAUGCAAACUAAUUUGUUUUGAUUUCUCUGAUGGAGUUACGAACAAUCUAAUUAUUUCCUCUAAUUUUUCUACCUUUUUACAUGCUAACACACAUGCGCAAUAAAUCAACAAUGAUAUAUUUAAACCAUGAAACAAUGUUCUCACCAUUUGCAUGCAACUCAAACAAACCGAAACCAAAUGUUUAUAUCUAUUUAAUUUAUGAAUAACAACAAUCACGCACGGAUUUGGAUCGAAAAACAAACGCUGCAUGGAAAACCAACAAAUACCGAAAUUAAAACAAUUUUAUACUAUAUAUUUUGUGUUCACAAAAUUGUCAUUUUUUUUGUUAUCACCAAACCACUUUCACCAAACCACACAUUUUUCUAUAUAAAUAUUUGUCUCAUAACGCAUACUUGAUUUGAGGCAUGUUUUUCUCGGCUUUAUGGCCAAACCAAUUUGGCCCCAUAGCGAACCCGAAAAUACCCCUGAACGCUUCCUGCGUCAUCUACACGGAUGCCAGUGGCCAGUUACUGGACACCCUCCCGGUGUGCCAAGAUUUUAAUAGAUCUAUGUGCAGUCGGUUAAAUUGUAGAUUCGUUCAUUUAACUGAAGAUGACAAGGUCGAGGUGAUUGAUCAACGUGUUGCUGUCUGCCGCGACCACGCCAACAGCCAGUGCCGCCGCAAGCAGUGUAAAUACUACCACAUACCGAUUGUCCUGCCGCCGGCCAACAUCAUGGCGGCCAUGAUCACCAGUCCCAGUGAGCAGCAGCCCGCCGUGCCGGUGGCCACAACAACAGCCUCUCCGGCAGCGGCAGCGGCAGCAGCAGCCGCCGGCUUCAACGGCGCCAGCAACUUGAUCAUCAUCGAGCCGCAGCAGCAGCAACAGCAACAACAGCAACAGCAGCAGCAGCCGCCGCAGCAGCAGCAGCAGCAACAGUUCAGCUAUCACAGCACCAACAGCAAUAACAACUACUACCACAGCAACGCCAGCAAGCAGGCAGCACACGCCGCCAGCAACAUCUACCAACAGCAGCAACAGCAACAGCAACAGCAUCAGCAGCAGCAGCAACACCUGCAGCAGCAACAUGCGCAGCAGCAACCACACAUCACGUACCACUGCAGCUCGCCCUACUCCCCCUCGUCGGCCUCCUCGUCCUCCUCCUGCUCGAUAGCCACCUCGCCCACCCUCUCGUCGGCCACCACGCUGUCCACCACCUCGACGGCCACGAUGCCCACGCCGCAGCAGCAGUACGCGGGCCCGGCGGCCACGGCGACCUUCCUGAAGGCGCCGGCCUACUACACCGAUGCCACGCCCACUUUGGUGCUGAGCAGCGACUACAACUCCAACUGCAUCCCCAUCCAGGCGGCGCCGUUCAUCUCGCUGCAGGCCGCGCCGCAGCAGCAUCUGCUGAAGUACACCGCGCAGGCGGCGCCGCCGCAGCAGCAGCAGCACGCCUUCGUGGGGCACCACCACUACCAGACGCAAAUGGGCCAGGUGGUGGCCACCACAGUGGCCGCCCUGCCCGCCACCACCAUCACGGUGGCGCCGGCCACAGUGGCGUCUCCAUCGGCCUGCAUCUAGGAGAAGGGGUUCCACCACCUGCCUGAGGGGGCAGCUCUGUUCAUUUUCCCAGAAACGUAUAUUAAGUCGUGGGGGUGAGCUGUGUCUGGGAUCACCGGAGAUUCGAAAACAAUAGUUAAGGCACCCAAAAGUAGGCAAUGAAACUUAAGAGCUGAAAUUAAAAUUAAACCAUUUUAACGUUUUAAAAUAUUUCAUGGCCUACUUUAUGGGGCCGCAACUAGAGUUUUUCAAUCUCCAGAGAUUUCACCGUAUAGGGUUUUUAUUAAAAGUUUCUCACCUACCUUAUCCAUUGGAAUACUCGUUUUCGUCAACUCCACUUCACCUAGAUACUUAUAUUGCAUACUCCUCACAACCUAAGCAACUCAAUACGUAUACCAAUCAAUGAUACUCCCAAAGCUACGCUCUACACAAACUCCAAGCUAAAUUGGAUGAAAUCAAAAAGCAACAGCAGAACCUGUCUGAAAGGUCGAAGCUAGUAAGGAAAACUUCAAACAAUCACAUUCUACGAAACACAAACACUAGAACACAAGGCAGUAAUGACAGUUUUUGAUGAAAAUUAAAGGUUGAUACGAACUAUUUACAAAAUUAAGAACCGAAAGUACUAUUGGGGGAAGAGAAAUUAAAACUCUACAGAACUUUUUCGUACGUAUAGCAAGACUUAAAGGUGUAAGCACUCGACUUACACAUCAAGUGAAAUGCAUUAGAGGGAAAAUAUUGAGUGACGACUCUACAAUAUUACAAAACCAAAACAAAAGGAGAAAAAAAAAAAAAAAAAAAAAAAAGAGUGUUGUUACAU